AUGCAAGAACGAGUGCCAGUUCUCGCGAACCAAAAGAUGUCGCUUUUGCACACGCAAAAAGAUGGAAGAGACGAAUUGCACUUCUCGCUCCCAAGCAUUUUGCCACGAUUGCCGCAGGAAAAUUCCUCGGUGGAGACGGAGAGCCCGAUGGAAAGCACGGCGGAGGAGCACGGAAGCGACGAGGCCCUCUCGAACGACCGCAAGCCCACCGAAGUGACCUGCAAGCCCACCGACGUGACCCUGUCGUGGGAGAACGUGAACGUGUACGCGCCGGAGACCCGGAACGGCUUCGAGCAUGGAUUUCGCCGGCACAUCCUCAAGGACGGUUGUCGAUCUCCGUCUCGAGAAGCAUCAGGUCGCGAGUCGGCGCGAAGUUUCAUCUCGAUUUUUUGUGUCUUUCAAGUGUCGGGGACCGUUCGACCGGGGGAACUCCUGGCGAUCAUGGGCUCCAGUGGAGCGGGGAAGACGACGCUGUUGGACGUCCUCACCUUCCGGACGUCGUCGCGGCUGACGACGACCGGCGUCGUCCGAUUGAACGGCGUCUCCGUGGGCGGCGACACCUUGGCGGCCCUCUCGGCCUACGUCACCCAGGACGACGUCUUCUUCUCCACCCUCACCGUGAGGGAACACCUCCAAUUCCAGGCGAGACCACCUCCCUUCCGAGUCGCGACUCCCCGGGACGUCGGAUUGAUUUUCGCGCAUUCGCAUCAGGCCAUGGUACGGAUGGGACGGGAACUGGGCACCGAGGAGAAGAUGCACCGAGUCGAGGAGGUCAUCGCAGAGCUCGGCCUGGUGAAGUGCGCCGAUUCCUUGAUCGGAACCCCGGGGAAUGGCAUUUCCGGCGGAGAGAGACGCAGACUCGCAUUCGCCUCCGAAAUCGUGACGAACCCGGCGGUGCUAUUCUGCGACGAGCCGACGUCGGGCCUAGACUCACACGCGGCAAGCACCGUGAUGGGAGUCCUGAGGGCGCUGGCCGGCGGGGGCAAGACGGUGGUGGCCACCGUGCACCAGCCGUCGUCGCAAGUCUUCGCCUUGUUUCAUCGGCUCCUUCUGCUCGCCGACGGCAGGGUUGCCUUCCUCGGCGACACCGACUCCGCGACCCAAUUCUUCCACGACAAGGGUUUCGUAUGCCCCGAGAACUACAAUCCAGCAGAUUUCUACAUCUCGGUGUUAUCCGUCGUCCCCGGAGAAGAAGACGACGGGAGGGCUAGGGUUCGUCAUCUGUGCGAUUCCUUCGAAAAGGUCCAAAGAGUCCUGGGCCAGAGAGAGCCUCCGUUUGUCAGCCCGUUGGAGAAGAAGAUGAUCGCCAACGCCCUGGCCGGUGCGUCGCCGUACCGAGUGGGUGUCACCACUCAGUUCCGGGCUCUCCUGUGGAGAUCCACCCUGGCCGUGGUGAGGGAACCGCUCAUCGUCAAGGUCCGACUUCUCGAGACCCUGGUAAGUUCACGCGUGAGCCCGACUCGCAACUCACGUCUCGCCCGUCCCGGUCACCCGCGUCGACACUUGCAGCUGGUGGCGUUGAUCCAGGGACUGAUGUUCAUGGGGCAGAGGCUGGACGCGGAAGGGGUGCUCAACAUCAGCGGGGCCUUGUUCCUCCUCGUCGCCAAUAUGACUUUCCAGAAUGCAUUCGCUGUCGUCAGCGUGUUUUGCGCGGAGUAUCCGAUCUUCGAACGAGAGCAACAAGCGGGGCUUUACCGCGUACCGGUCUACUUCGUGAGUCGGUCCCUGGCGGAACUCCCCCUCUUCGUCCUCCUUCCGAUCGUCUUCACUCUUCCCACGUAUUUCCUCAUCGGACUCCAGAGAUCCGCCUCGAAGUUCUUCGUCGCCCUCGCCGUCAACAUCCUCGUCUCCAAUGCUGCCUGCUCCUUCGGGUACAUGAUAUCGUGCGUGAGUAGCAACAUGCACAUGGGUCUUGCCGUGGGUCCAGCCGUCAUCGUGCCUUUCAUGCUCCUCGGCGGAUACUAUCUCAACGACGGAUCCGUGCCGCAGGGCUUGAUCUGGCUCAAGUAUCUCUCGUGGUUCCUCUACGGCAACGAGGCCUUGGCCAUAAAUCAAUGGGAGGACGUGGAUUUCGUGGACUGCCACGGUUUCAAUGCCACCUGUCCCGGUGAUGGCCCCGCUGUUCUUCGCAUGUUUAACUUCGACAAGGUCAUUUACCUUCGUUAA